AUCAUGCAAAACGCAAAACGAAAACAAGUUAGUGAUAAGUUUUUCCAAAUUUUUUUCACUCAAAGCAUGUGAUUCAAUGUGAUUUUUGAAGUAAUUAAUAUUUUCAAAUCCACGAACUAUUCCUGUAUUUAUGAUUUUGUGAACCUACGUAAUGCAACGAUGAACAAAUGUCCAAGAUUGCUGCUUCGUUUCUCCUCCAACUUGAUAAAAACCCACUGUAUCAAGUUAUCAGGAGGACUACCCGGCACAUUAACCAGAUACUCAUUAGCUUCUCAACCCAGAUACUUUUCCUCCGGAAAAGACCCCUCUCGAGACUUACAAGAUGAAUUCGAGAACUUCGAAGAUGACGUCGAACCGAACUAUCAAGACGUUAACGCAGAUGAGAUCACCGGAGGAGACCCAGAGUUGAUAAAAAUGCUAAAUCUGUGUCAAAUGGAAAUCAAUAUGCUAGCUCAAAGCGGCGCUCAAGUACCUCUAUCUCUAAAUACCGAGCAAUGGUGUGAACUGGUCAAAAUUCAAAGUAAAAUGCAACGCGUGAGAUUCCUCAAAUUCUUAUGGCUAAAGGAAAUUAAACGUAAAAAUCAUAAACGUAAAAAACUGAUAAAUCACGAAAAGUAUUUAGAAGCAGUAGCAAAUCGUGGUCCGAAAAAGCGUCGAGAUGAAAUUCCUACGAACGCUCCGAUGGUUUACGGAUUGAGCGAAACAUCUUUAGUACAUCGAAUACGCGAUGUUGAAAUGAAUCGAUUUUAUAAUUACAAGUUACUUCAAGCGAUGCAAUUCGGUCCGAAUAUAUUGGUAGAUUGCGGCUACGAAUCUUUCAUGAAUGCUAGAGAGUUGAAUCUGUGCGCUAAACAAUUAUUAUUCAUGUGGUCGGAGAAUCGCGAUUGUAAUUUUCCGUACCAUCUAACGUUCUGCAAUUUGAAAAAAGAUAGUCCAGUUUUGAAAAAAUUACGCAAGACACUCGUAGGUAUCGAUACAGAUCCUACGUUUCCUUUCAAUUAUACCGAGAAAAACUACACGGAGUUGUAUCCUAAAGAAAACCUUGUGUAUUUAACUCCUCAUUGUACCGAAACCCUGAAAUACAAUGGAAACGAUAUUCACAUCAUUGGAGCAAUGGUUGAUAAAUCGUACUGUGAACCGAUAUCUUUAGCUAAAGCUAAGAAAGAUGGUAUUCGUUACGCCAAGUUCCCAUUAGAUGCUCAUUUGAAUUGGAAAAUGGGAGUAAAAUCGUUAACGUUGAAUCAAUGUUUAGCAAUCAUGAACGAUAUUAAAGAUGGACGAGAUUGGCCAUACGCUUUUAGACAUGUACCGAGACGAAAAUUAGAAAAUACUUUAAUCAACGAAGCCACUAAAGAAAUAAGAGACACCAGACAUACAACUAAAUCAAUUAAAGAACGUUACCGUCGAAAUCUAGUCUACGAUUUACUUUUGCCUAACAAACAAAACUGAAGUUUCUGCAUCGAAAUGUAAUCUCGUACUUGUAUCGCUGGAAUUUCGAACCAACAAUUUUAUUGUUGUAAUACAUAUUUCAUCUUUUUUAUUACAGCUAUUUCUUGGAUUGUAGUGAAUUACUGUUUCAAAAAUUAUUAUUACUUGCUCUUCAAUUUUUAUUGAUGAUAAUCGAAUGUAGAAAUGUACAAAGAAAGGUAUUUUUACUGAAA